CAUCUUCCUUCGCAUUUGUCCAACACCACCACCCAGCAAGAUCUACAGAAGACAGUAUUGAAGAUGGCAAGCGCACAGGAAUCCAAGCCUCUUACAUUGACCGUUCUCGGUUCAGGUAGGUCGAUAUUUACUGUUUUCAUACGUUAUUCCCAGCAAAAGACCACUCGGGCGCUGCGAUUAAGUUUUGAAAGAGCCUAUGGUUGUAUCAAUAGCACUGCGAGCCGUUUGUGUUUCUGAAAUAUACUCGCCUCACAGAACUCAACCCUCAAGCCCUUCAACGUCUAACGCGUCUGUAAUGGUGCUCGAACCCCCACUAACACAACCCCAGGAACAAUGGGCAUAGCGAUAAUGGGCGGCGUUAUGUCUUCCCUGGCCUCGGCCAAAACUAAAGCCUCCCUCGACCCCUCUUCGGCCCCCAAAGACGUCCCUAACCUUUCCAACUUCAUCGCUUGCGACCAAUGGGCCCCCGCUGAACAAAACGUCCGCAAGGCACUCGGCCACUACAACUUCCCUCUCCAGACCCUCACAAACCAGAACCUCAAGGGUGUUCAGGAAGCAGACAUUGUUCUACUGAGCUGCAAACCGCAUGGCUUCAAGACGAUACUAGGUGAGGAGGGUGUGAGGGAGGCGCUCAAGGGCAAGGUGCUUGUUAGCAUUCUGGCCGGUGUGACUAGGGAGCAGAUUGAAGCGUUCCUGUACCCAGAUGGUCCUGAGAAGACGGAGAACGCUUGCCGUGUCGUAAGGGUCAUGCCCAACACGGCAUCUUUCGUUGGGGAAUCCAUGUCUGUGAUUCAGACCUCGGAUCCACCACUCAGUGAGGCACAGUACAAGCUUGUCGAGUUCGUCUUCAGCUCAAUUGGCCGCGUUACGAACCUUCCUCCAGCGAACAUGGAUGCAGCGACUGCGCUGUGUGGUUCGGGCCCAGCAUUCUUUGCGCUGAUACUGGAGGCCGCGGCGGAUGGUGCUGUGGCUAUGGGCUUGCCAAGAGCGGAGGCACAGAUGAUGGCCGCGCAGACCAUGAGGGGAACCACAGGACUUGUGCUGAACGGUGAGCACCCAGCUGUGCUGAAGGACAAGGUCUCGACGCCUGGGGGCUGCACCAUCGGUGGUCUCAUGUCACUCGAGGAAGAUGGCGUGAGGGGCGCCGUCGCAAAGGCAAUCAGGGAAGCUACUGUCGUAGCUUCGAGAUUGGGUGGUGAACAAAAGGAGUUCGUCAACCACAGGCGGUAGAUUUUACGGGGUUGACUAGCUUGAUGUUAACUUCGUCUUGAACUAGAUGUAAAAGAGUAAAUGAUACCACGAACAAACCACAUCUUCACCAUGCCGCAUCGUUCAACUCGAUUCAGGAAUAUCUUUUAUUAGUAUUAGCCUAAGCUAAUGACAGAGCGUACAGCAUUCACACGCUCUUCCACCCAUCUUACCCCGCUCAGUUCAUCAAAGGGUAUAAUACAAAGAAGUAGAGAAGCAGCUCAGCUCUCUUCCAGAAUCCCCCAGGUUAUCCACAUUACCACUUCGAAUUGCUCUUAGCCCAAUCAUUCCUUUAUAGCACAUAAUAAUGUCCAUGUACGCAAGAUCAAAAGAGCCAUACUAGCGCCUCUCCCGCUCUCGCUCCAUCAUCUCACGUUCAACGUCGCCUUCAGUCCUUACACCCCCGCGCCUG